AUGAAGGCUCUUGUUUCUAAUCGCAGCAUUGUCACCAGGCUUGUCAACCUCGUCUGUAGCAAAUCAGUCGGUGGCCAGGGAGGACAUGUCAAGGAUGUUCCCAUUCCUACAAUCUCGCCAGACGAUAUUCUGGUCAAAGUCAAGGCGGUCGCGUUGAAUCCGACGGAUUUCAAGCACCUAGAUGCCAUUUCUCCUCCUCACUCCAUAAUAGGCUGCGACUAUGCCGGCGUGGUCGAACAGGUCGGCAGCGCCGUCAAGUCAGGAUGGAAACCCGGCGAUCGCGUGGCGGGCGCCGUGCACGGCGGCCUUUUUCCCAACAAGGGCGCUUUUGCCGAGUACUUGGUUGUUGACUCGGAUUUGGCUUGGAGGAUUCCUGAUGAAAUGAGCGACACGGACGCCACCACUUACGGCGUCUCAGCCGUGACUGCCAUGUUGACCCUCAAUGUCCGUCAUGGCCUCCCCUUCGUCCAAGGUGAUGAUGCGGCCCUUGGAGAUGAGGCGAUCUUCAUCUAUGCCGGAGCCACUAGCGCUGGACUGUUUCACAUCCAGCUUGCAAAGGCAGCAGGGUAUAGAGUUGUUACGACGGCCUCGCCGCGUUCAUUCGACCUUGUCAAGGCGUACGGCGCCUCUGCAGUGUUUAACUACAAAUCAGCAACCGUCGCAGCAGAUGUCAUCAAGGCAUAUCCUAAGAUUUCGAAGGCCGUCGAUUGUUUCUCCGAAGGGAAAUCUACUUCUGUAUGUGCAGAAGUACUAAGAAAUAAUGGUGGUACGGUGAUAACGCUAUUGCCCAAUGGCAAGUCAAGCGUUCCGGGCGUGACGUACGACAUGGUAGUGGCAUAUACGGUGUUUGGUCGCCCUUUUCAGUGGCUACCACCAGUUGGCCCAAAGUUCGAGACCAGGCCAGCAGACCGCGAAGCUCUUGUCCGCUUUUACAAGGUCCUUCCAACAAUCACACAUGUCUUGAAACCGAUCCCUACUGUCAAGCAAAAGGAAGGGUUUGAGGGUAUUUUCGAUGGAUUGAACAAACUACGUGCAGGCGCUGUAGCCGGGGGCAAAUGA